GAAGAGAACUCAUUUAGUAUGUGACUGGCAGUCAGCGCAAGUAGACGAGAUUUCGGCAGAUUCCUCUUCGUUACGCAUAUUCAAUUAGCGAUUCGAGAAAGCAAAAAAAGUAACGUUAAUUAUUUCUGUUGCGUUAGUUUCGAGCAGUAGAGGUGCUGAGUGCUUUGUGUUAGACUUUAAUUAAUAUGAAGGCAAUUAUAUUUAUUGUCAUAUUGGCCAUUUCGGUGUUUUGGCUUUACCGCGCGGUCAACGAAUUCAUUAAGCCGCUACCGAAGCCAGAAAUUAGCAAUWACACCUACUGGGGACCCGGCAAACCUGUAAACUACGAAGCGCCAACAGAUAUUGUGCCUUUCGAAAUCAAAUACGAUCAAACGAUUAUUGACGACUUACGCACACAACUCAAUCGUACUUGGAAGUUUACAGCGCCGUUGGAAAAUAUCAAAUUCGAAUAUGGUUUCAAUUCGGAAGCGCUUAGGCACAUUGUCGACUAUUGGCGCGACUACUACUUGCUCAAAUGGAGAGCACAUGAAGAUUACCUGAACUCGCUGCCGCACUUUAAAACCGAGAUACAAGGGCUGAAGAUUCACUUCAUACACGCAAAGCCGUCAGAGGAGGCGCGUAAGGAGAAGAAAGUGGUGCCGGUGUUAUUGCUGCACGGUUGGCCGGGUUCUGUGCGUGAAUUUUACGAGUUCAUAAAGCUUUUGGUGGAGGUGUCCGAUGUCAAUGAUUAUGUGUUCGAAGUUAUUGCACCCUCUCUAGUCGGGUAUGGAUUCUCGGACGCUGCCACCAGACCCGGUUUCGAUUCGCUAGAGAUGGCUGUUGUCAUGCGGAAUCUAAUGUUACGUGUUGGUUAUGACAAAUUUCUGGUACAGGGUGGCGAUUGGGGCUCCAUCAUUGGCAGCGCCAUUUCCACACUCUUCCCGGAGAAUGUGCUCGGCUUUCAUUCUAAUAUGUGUGUGUUAUACACACCACUAGCUACGAUAAAAUCGUACAUUGCCAGUUGGAUGCCAGAGCGCUUUAUACCAGGGCGUUUCUUCUACAAUCAUCAUUUUCCACUAAAGGAUAAAUUUAAAUUCCUAAUCGUUGAGUCCGGUUACUUCCACAUACAAGCAACAAAGCCGGACACCAUUGGCAUUGCACUGGAGGCUAGUCCCAUUGCCUUGGCCGCAUACUUACUGGAGAAAUUCCAAUUGGCAACUGGUGCUGGUCGGAAUCAAGAAUUCAACGCUAUGGACAGAACGUACAAAUUAGAUGCUAUAUUAGAUAACCUCAUGAUAUACUAUCUCACCGGCACGGUCACGACAGCAGGACGGUUCUACGCCGAAAAUCUCGCCAGUGACUCUAAGGCUCUGAGCCUGAAUCGCGUGCCAACGAAUGUGCCUAUGGGUUGCGCUCGCUUUCAGUUCGACUUGCCUCCUGCCAUUGACUGGGCGCUCAAAGACAAGUUUCCGAAUUUAGUGCACAGUACAUACUUCAACCAGGGUGGCCACUUCGCUGCCUUUGAAGUGCCUGGUAUAUUGUAUAUUAACUU